UCAAAACAUUCGCGUCUCCUAAGAUAUCUCGCAAGUUUUCAAAGUUACCCGUGAAAUUGUCAACUGAUGCCCGAAAGGCUACAGGUUGCACACACAGGUACUCGCGGUUUGUUCUGGAAUCGACGGUGCAGAGGAUUGAGAAAUAAUCGUAUCGAUUCUGUAUAUAAACGUUGGUUAACACCGUUAACCUCAGAAAGAAACCCGAACUUCUAAGAGACACAACAACCAUUAAGAUGAAGUUUCUAGUUGUGGUUACUUCCAUAGUAUCAGUGAUCUUCGCCAGGCCUGAAUAUUAUGAUGGAGGUCAUUAUGCAUAUCAGGGACCACCAGCUCCAAUUGGAGAUGAUGGAAGGGUAAUUGAUACACCGGAAGUGGCCCAUGCAAAGAGAGCUCAUUUGCAAGCCAUUGCAGAUAUUUCUGCAAGGAGACCAUAUGGAGGACCUGCUGAGGAUUACGAGGGAGGUGAUUAUGGUCAAGCUAAUGUCUAUUCGCGUCCUUAUGUGGCAGGUUCUUAUGGAUACUCUGCACCCACUCAAUUUAGCAAUAGGGUCCAUCAUGCUGGACAUGGGUAUCAGGGACCGACAGCUCCUUUAGGAAGAGUAAUAGACACACCGGAAGUGGCUCAUGCGAAAGCGGCUCAUUUUGCGGCAUACUCGGGUAAUCCGAGUGCGUACAAUGCGCAUGUCCAUAUUCAUAAUCCACCAGCGCAAUACGCUUAUGGAGCUGCGCCGGCUCCUGUCUAUCAUAGCUAUUCUGCACCGACUCAUGGAUAUGGUUAUCAGGGUCCAUCAGCUCCUUUAGCCCACGAUGGAAGAGUCCUAGACACGCCUGAGGUGGCCCACGCUAAAGCUGCUCACCUUGCUGCUUUUUCCAAAGCCACUUAUGGACACGCGCCUUAUGGAGUCUAUGGCUACUAAACCCCAUUAUCAAUCAACUCUCACUCAUUUCUUCUUCUUUUAUUCUUAAGCAUUGUUAUUUCAUUUUCUCGUUUCUAGUUCUAUAAAUAUACAUUUUCACAAAUA